GAGGGCGUGGUACAUUCCAUUUUCGCGUAAACAGGAGUAGUCGUAUCUCGCUGUAAUACUCGCGGAAAACGUCGCGUUAUCUGCUGUAAACAAUUCCGCAAACAUCGCCCGCCGAUUUAAAACCACACGCGUGCAAAUUUUUAAACAUUCGCGGUGAAAAACUCGAGUACAAACGUCUCCUUUGCCUACACUAUCUUGGACUUCAUAAAAAGAGCCACAACCAAGAAGCCGGCAUAGGCAUACUCAUAAAAGGGCAUCGCCCGCUCAUCUCAUCUCAAAAUCAUACGACGAGCGGCUUCGAGUCGGACCGCUCAAUAUACGGCGAAUUCCUUGAACUGAAAUACACCGCACGCAGCGUCUGUCUGAAACUUUUUUAUACUUACAUCAAGCGCAAAAUAAGUAAAUUGCGCUUCAUCGUCAACACCAAGGAUCAGUCUUAAGACCCGACCGACCGGACGACGAUGGCGUUCGACGAGCUGCUGGUGCACCUGGGCGAGUUUGGCCGCUAUCAAAAGCGGAUCUACCUGCUGCUGUGCUUGCCGGCGAUUUCAUGUGCCCUCCACAAGCUGGCCUGGGUCUUCCUGGCCGCCAAGGCGCCGCACAGGUGCCUCAUGCCCUUUGAACAUGAGCGCAAUGCCACCUGGAACGACAUCAGCCCUCUAUGGAACAUGAGCUAUCCGUUGGACUCGUUGACCCACACCUGGUCGCAGUGCCGACGUUUGGAUGCAAAUUUCACCGAUGAUUAUUUUGAGGGAAACGUCCCAGCCACAAAGGAAGCGCCGUGCACACAAUGGGUUUUUGACCACACAAAAUAUUUAUCUAGCGCCGUUUUUGAAUGGAGUCUAGUUUGUGACAAGGCAUGGGUUCGGUCAGCCGCAGACACAGUUUUCAUGUUUGGCGUAAUGAUGGGCUCUAUUGUUUUUGGCUACUUGUCUGACAGAUUCGGCCGAAGACCAAUUUUCUUUACCUCCUUGGUUUUACAAGUGACGGGAGGCAUUCUGGCAGGUUUGGCUCCAGAAUAUUUCAGCUUCGUGUUUGCCCGAAUGUUAAUUGGAGCAACAACGUCGGGUGUUUUCCUGGUCGCAUAUGUUAUUGGCAUGGAAAUGGUUGGCCCUUCCAAACGAUUUUACGCUGGUGUCGUUGUUCAAUACUUUUUCACCUUGGGCUACAUGUUGACCGCCCUCUUGGCUUACCUCAUUACUGAUUGGAGGCAACUCCAAAUUGCUCUUUCCCUCCCUGGACUGCUCUUUCUGUUGUAUUGGUGGUUCGUUCCUGAGUCGGCCCGGUGGCUUUUAACCAACAACCGAGAGGCUGAGGCAAGACAGGUGCUCAAGAAUGCAGCAAAGGAGAACAACGUUGACUUGCCGGACGAAAUGCUUGAUAAAUUCCUGAAGGAGGACACAAAGAAAGAUGGGGAUGAAACAACCGGAAAGAAGGGUUCAUUGCUCGAUUUGAUGCGUUUUCCAAAUCUGAGACGCAAAACCUUCAUUAUUUUAUUUUUGUGGUUUGUCAACAGUGGCUCUUAUUAUGGUCUCUCGUGGAAUACAUCUAAUUUGGGAGGCAACGAUUUUCUUAACUUUUUUAUAUCCGGUGCUGUUGAAGUUCCGGCAUAUACAUUCCUCUUGUUUGCACUCAACAAAUAUGGUCGCAAACUUACUCUGUGUGGCUCAAUGUUAGUCGGGGGUGCAGCCCUCUUGCUCUGCGUCGUUGUUCCUGAAAGCAUGUCUUGGUUGUUGAUUUCUCUUGCUAUGUUUGGAAAGAUGGCCAUCACCGCUUCUUAUGGAGCUGUCUACAUUUUCUCUGCUGAGCAGUUCCCAACUGUGAUUCGUAAUGCUGGAAUUGGAAUCAGUUCAACCGCAGCUCGUGUUGGUGGAAUGUUGGCACCGUUCGUUAACCAACUGGCUGAUUACUGGAGGCCAGCCCCACUCAUUUUAAUUGGAGCUCUAGCAUUUUCCGCUGGAAUAAUGUCUCUUCUUUUGCCAGAGACUUUGAACAAAAAGCUUCCAGAAACCAUUGAAGAUGGCGAGCUUUUUGGAAAAAAGGAGGAAAAAGAGGAAACUAAUAACGAUGCUGAACUUCAAAAUUGAUGCUAGUCUACAACCUCAAAAUGAUGCCAACGACAAAAGCAGACGUCUUCUGCAACAUUGACCUCACCAUCUCUGCAUGAUUGCAAAGCCAAAUAUAAAUCUCUAGCCUGGAAUGCCUGGAUUGGUAACUGCACGUGAGUCACUUGCACCGUUUUGUCCUUUUGGACCAUUUCUAUUUGCACUUCGUCUUUUUUACGCGCUUCUCUACUCAUAUAUACCAAAUUUUGAAUCUCGUACUUUUUUUACUUUCAAAGUCAGUUAUGUAAUGACUGGAAAACUGUGUAUGAUCCUUGAUCAACUCUGAAUAAAUAUUGCCAUUUUUAUUUAAAAAUUACAAUUGAA